ACAUUAUUAUUCGAUUCGGUUGGGUGCCAAGGGGUCUUCUUGCUUGAAGUGGUGGGCUCGAACUAUCUCUAUAUACAGGGAAUUUAGCAUUUGCUAAAGUUUAGGUGUGAAUUUUAGCAUACUUCACAGUCAGCAAAAUGGCACUUGACUCAAUGAAGGACGGUGAUGUGAUCACGGAUGAAGUCUUGCGGUAUUCUGUCGAUGAGUUAGUUAGCCGAACCCGGUUGCUAGAGACCGAAGUGAAGAUUAUGAAAAGUGAAACAAUGCGAAUUUCGCAUGAGCUUCAAGCUCAAAAAGAGAAGAUUAAGGAGAAUACAGAAAAAAUUAAGGUUAACAAGACGCUUCCGUAUCUUGUGUCAAAUGUGAUUGAGCUCUUGAAUGUCGACCCGAAUGAGCUCGGUGAAGAAGAUGGCGCCAACGUCGAUCUGGACUCACAGCGUAAAGGUAAAUGUGCUGUCAUCAAGACUUCGACCCGACAGACGUAUUUUUUACCGGUAAUUGGUUUGGUCGAUGCCGAGAAGCUCAAGCCUGGCGACCUUGUGGGUGUCAACAAAGAUUCCUACCUCAUUCUUGAGACUUUGCCGGCCGAGUAUGAUUCACGUGUUAAGGCCAUGGAGGUAGAUGAAAGGCCGACAGAACAGUACUCGGACAUAGGCGGGUUGGACAAACAGAUUCAAGAGCUAAUCGAGGCUUGCGUUUUACCCAUGACACACAAGGACAAGUUCCAAUCACUAGGAAUCUCCCCGCCAAAAGGAGUACUUCUGUAUGGACCGCCUGGAACAGGUAAGACGUUACUCGCAAGAGCGUGUGCGGCACAGACAAAGUCGACAUUUCUUAAGUUGGCCGGACCCCAGCUCGUGCAGAUGUUUAUCGGUGAUGGUGCUAAGCUCGUUCGGGACGCGUUUGCACUAGCCAAGGAAAAGGCACCGGCGAUCAUCUUCAUUGAUGAAUUGGACGCGAUUGGUACAAAACGAUUUGAUUCGGAGAAGGCGGGUGACCGUGAAGUACAAAGGACCAUGCUUGAGCUACUGAAUCAACUCGAUGGUUUUAGUUCGUGCGAUGACAUUAAAGUUAUUGCAGCCACCAACCGUGUGGAUAUUCUUGACCCUGCCCUGCUAAGAUCAGGCCGUCUCGACCGAAAGAUUGAAUUCCCCCAUCCAAAUGAGGAGGCUCGAGCACGAAUUAUGCAGAUUCAUUCACGAAAAAUGAAUGUUGAAAAGGAUGUACAUUACUUGGAGCUGGCUCGCUGUACGGACGAUUUCAACGGAGCACAAUGUAAGGCCGUAUGUGUCGAAGCAGGUAUGAUCGCAUUGCGUCGUAAUGCGACCAAGGUUACUCAUGAAGACUAUAUGGAUGCCAUUCUUGAAGUACAGGCAAAGAAGAAGGCUAAUCUCAACUAUUAUGCUUAAGACUUACAACUGCAGAUAUAUAUAUAUAUAUAACGACAAAUUGAAAAGGUCAAGACAUACAUAGCAGGUGGCGGAUUUGGCAACGGGUGUUGAUUAGAAAAAAGCGUAAAGGGCAUGACUAAUGAAUGUCUGCUACAGAGAAAUAUAAAAAUAAUAAAUGAUUUUAUGCUACGAUGCA